AUGUCCUUGAACACGAUCUACCCAUUGAUCUCCUUGACCCCGCAGACCAACCGGAAUGUCUUGGCCUUUCUUCGGCUCGUCAUCGUCUGUUUGAUCGCCGGCGCCGCGGUCUCGUCGCGGCUCUUCGCCGUCAUCCGCCACGAAUCGAUCAUCCAUGAAUUCGAUCCCUGGUUCAACUUUCGUGCUUCGAAGAUCUUGACCGAGCAGGGCUUUCAUGCCUUCUGGAACUGGUUCGAUCAGACGGCCUGGUAUCCUCUCGGGCGGGUCGUCGGGGGGACGAUCUAUCCGGGCUUGAUGGUCACCAGUGGGCUGAUUUGGAACGCCUUCCGUCUGUUCAACAUCCCGAUCGACAUCCGCAACAUUUGUGUGCUCCUCGCCCCAGGCUUCUCCGGCCUGACGGCCUAUGCCACCUACCUGUUUGCACGCGAGUUGGGCCAAAAGACGAACUCGAAGGGCGCCGCUCAGACCAAAACGGUGGGCGAGACCGGCGAGGGCACUGGGCUCUGGGCGGCCCUGUUUAUCGGGAUCGCGCCCGGAUACAUCUCCCGAUCUGUCGCUGGCUCGUACGAUAACGAGGCGAUCGCCAUCUUUAUCCUCAUGACCACAUUCUAUCUCUGGAUCAAAGCCUUGAAGCAAGGCUCGGCCCUCUACGGAUCGAUGGCCGCCCUGUUCUACUUCUACAUGGUGGCCGCCUGGGGUGGCUACGCAUUCAUCACCAACAUGCUCCCCUUGCAUGCAUUUGUCCUUAUCCUCAUGGGCCGGUUCACCAACAAGCUCUACGUCGCUUACUCGAGUUUCUACGCCAUCGGAACCCUGGCAAGUAUGCAGGUCCCCUUUGUGGGAUUUCAACCGAUCCGCACUUCCGAACACAUGGCUGCGCUUGGGGUGUUCGGGCUCUUACAGCUUGUGGCGUUUGUCGAACUGGUCCGAAGCCAUGUCUCCAGCAAACAGUUCAAGCUGCUCCUCCAGAUCGGCGUGGCUAGCUUUGGUGUCCUGGCCUUUGGCGCUCUAGUCUUCAUGACCAAGAAGGGAUGGAUUGCGCCCUGGACCGGCCGGUUUUACUCGCUCUUCGAUACGGGCUAUGCCAAGAUCCACAUCCCAAUCAUUGCCUCGGUGUCCGAGCACCAGCCGACGGCCUGGACGAGCUUCUUCUUCGAUCUGCAGAUGCUGAUCUACCUGUUCCCGGCGGGUGUUUACCUCUGUUUCCGCGAACUGCGGGAUGAGCACGUCUUUGUGAUCAUCUACUCGGUGCUCGGCAGUUACUUUGCGGGGGUGAUGGUUCGAUUGAUGUUGACUCUGACGCCGAUCGUGUGUAUUGCUGCGGCGAUGAUCGUCUCGUCGAUCUUCGACCUCUACCUCGACCCAGCCCAGCCGGACAGCGUGGAUUUUGGGACCCCGUCGACGACUAGCUCGAUCGAAUCGAGCUCGCCGAUCGAGUCCUUUGGUGGGAGCCAGGCCUCCUCAUCUGGCUCGGUGGGCGCUCGGAAAUCGAAGAAGGGCCACUCUGCGGCCAGCUCGAUCUCCUCUGUGUCUUCGGUUGCCUCUGUGAAAUCUACCCGGUCGUCUCGCUCUAGUGUCUCGAGCAGCUCGACUGCCUACACCCAAGUGCCAUGCAUCUCUGCGAUCUAUGGCUCGGACACCCGGUUGGCCCUGGUCUCCGCAUUCACCUUCAUGCUCCUGCUCUUCGUCCUGCACUGUACCUGGGUUACCUCGACAGCCUAUUCGUCACCCUCGGUGGUCUUGGCAUCCAAGAACCCCGACGGAUCGACCAAUAUCAUCGACGACUUCCGGGAGGCUUACUACUGGCUGAGGAUGAACACCAAGAAGGAUGCGAAGGUGAUGAGCUGGUGGGACUAUGGAUACCAGAUCGCCGGGAUGGCAGACCGGACGACGUUGGUUGAUAACAACACGUGGAACAACACUCAUAUUGCGACGGUGGGCAAGGCGAUGGCCUCGAAGGAGGAAGUGUCGUACCCGAUCCUGCGCAAACACGAUGUGGAUUACGUGUUGGUGAUCUUUGGUGGACUGCUCGGGUUUAGUGGGGAUGAUAUCAACAAGUUUUUGUGGAUGGUGCGGAUCGCCGAGGGGGUGUGGCCUGAGGAGGUGCAGGAGAGCUCGUUCUUUAGCCAGAAGGGUGAAUACAAGGUGGAUGAUGAGGCGUCGCCCACGAUGAAGAACUGUUUGAUGUACAAGCUGAGCUACUUUGAUUUCGACAAGCUGUUUGGGGGCCAGCGAGGCCAGGACCGGGUGCGGGGGCAGGUGCUGCCGCAAGUUGGGCCGACGCUGGAUAGCUUGGAGGAGGCCUUUACGUCUGAGAACUGGAUCGUGCGGGUGUACCGGGUGAAGGGCGAGGAUUUCCUGGGCCGGAGCCACAAGGAGGCCAAGGCGUUCGGGGCGGGCAGGAAGAAGAAGGCUUCGUCGAGCCGCAAGCGGAAGAACCGCAGACAGUCCAGUGCUUAG